AUGGUUCACGAUUCGACUGAUCUUGAGCCUCAAUGUCGAUUUCAGGUGAUUAUGAGGAUCUCACGGGCGGGGGCAUCAGCUGCCCACGAAUCAAUUUGGGAGAAUGGGAGAUGCCAAAAAGAGAUGCCCUACUUGCUUGGAUCCCAAUUCAUCGACACGUCUUAUGCUUACGUGCGCAUCUUAUCGUAUUCUGUGCAUAGAUCGGGGCCCUUAAUGUGCAUGCCCUCCAAUGAACCAUCUUUUCUCGAUUUUCAUCUUGGCUCGAAUCACCAAACUCACCUCUAUAACUUCGUCGAUUUCUCGGACUCUUCUUUGUGUAAGACCUUUCUUUACAUCAUAUACUUUCUUUUUCACUCUUCUGUUUCGGGAAAUGGAAGAGGGCGAGCUGCCAAAUCCCCCGCAGCCUCACGCCGGCCCGCAGAGGUGACUAUCGCGGAAGGUGCUCAAGUCGCUCUCUCUCCGAAUUUGGUCCAGGUCUCUAGACCCAUUCCUUUACCUGUCUGGUCAGGUACUAACCUCAAAUACUUUAGACAUGAUUGCGAGGUUCCUCACUUGUGUGAGAUUCAACUUCCAAAAGCUGAGGAUUCUUUCUCCAAGCCCUCCGAGGGCUUCUAUGACUUCUUUGCAGACUAG